CACCUCUGGGAGUCAAAACCUGGGAUGAGGCUCGGGGUCCCACUGGGGAACCUUGCUGGACAAGAGGUUUUGUGCCACAGGAGAGAAAGUAGUGAUACUGUAGGGGACCUGCAGGAGCUGGCCUGUGUGGGAAUGAAGGAGCGGUGUCCUACUUGGAGGGGUGGGACAGUGAGGGCCGAGGUGAGGCUGGUAGGCAGCACUACGGAUCAGGGUCACCCUUCCCCCACCCCCAGAGGAGGGCAGGGGUGGGGCCUGGUGCCCAGGGUGGGGCUGAGUGGACCUGCUGCAUAGACCGGCUUCUAUGGGUGCUUGGUGCAUAAAUAAGAUGGGCUGGGAGGGGAAGCUGGGCCAGUGGGUGGGGCAAGGCAGAAGUGCCCAGUGGCCUUUCACCUGGGGACCUUGGCUUUGGGGCUUCCCAGGACAUUCCCUACUUGGUCCUAGAGUGGAAUUCACAGGCCCAAUGGUGCCAGGGAGUGACUGAGGCCCAGGAAUGUGGGACUCUGCCCAGGGUACCAGGCAAGAUGACGGGGUGGGGGUGGGAGAAGUGCAGGUUUCCUAUCCCCCAACUGACUCUAGCCAAACCCCAGGGUAUGGGGCAAGCCCCUUGUGGAAUGGGACAGGGUAGCCAGGCUGGUGGAGGUCACAGGGGCUGUGGGAAGAGACCAACAGGUCUAAUCUGAGGCCCCAUCCUAUUGUGCUUGGGGCAUGCACUCCGACCACCAGCCUCAGUUUCUUCUUCUGGAUGAUGGAUCGUCCUCUCUGCCUUGCAGGGAUUUGCAGGGGUUACUUGAAGUCAUGAUACAUGAGGCACAGCUUGAUAUAUUUAUCCUUGGGGGUGGGGCAGACAGGUGGCACCAUGGUUAUAGGUCACCUCAGUGGCUAGGGAGGCCCAGUUCUGUCUGCUCCCUCCCUCAUGGUUAGCCAUACUCCCCUGCAGUGGUCUUAGCUUUGCUUUGACAAUGGUCAGGGUGCUGGGGAGGGCCCUCUAUCUCUGAAUGGAGCUUGUAGGUCAUUUGGGGACAUGGAGGCAGGGGAAGAGCCUGGUGACCUGAGUUCCAAGCCCAAGCUGUUGACCACAGGGGACAUUUUAAACCUAAAUAACAAUAUCCUUUCUGGAUGGUAGAGAGGAAGCAAUGUGAUGGGUACCUUGGAGGGGUACAGAGACUAGAAGCUUUUGUGACAAUGAUGUCACUGUUCAGCAGCAAGUAAGAUAGGGGCAGAAGCCAGGAAGCCUAGUUCUGGGCCCAAGUUGCUAUGUGACCUUAGGCAGUCCUAUGUCUCACUGAGCCCCUGGCCUCCAAUAACAUAUGAAAGGCUCUCUGAGGUCCCUUCCCAUCCCCUAUAGCUUCUGUAGACCUGUGCCCCAGGGUUGGCAGAGAGGUCAGUGUCUGCCCCCUCAUGACCCAGCAAGAGCAGCUGUGUUCAUGGAAGCCCUCGAUAAUCCCACAGUGAGGCCUGAGCCAGGGUGAUGCUGAAGAUGAUGACAUUCUUCCAAGGCCUUCCAGGCCAGCAGCCUAUGCCAGGGACCCUUGACUUCCUCAGAAGCUCCCAAAAGUUGCCUUCCACAUCAGAGGUGGAGUCAGAAGCUUCCAUGUCAGAGGCCUCCUCUGAGGACCUGAUGCCUCCCCUGGAGCCUGGGGUAGCCCCAGACAAGGAAGAGGAAGAAGCAUUGAAGAAGAAGAAGAAGAACAAGCCGAAAGGACUAGCUGGCAUGUUCAGUGUCUUUACCAAAGGGAAGAAGAAGAAGGGCCAGCUGGGCUCAGUGGAGCCAGAGGGCGAGCCUGACACCAGUCUGGGGCUGCAUGCCCCAUUGCCCUCAGUGGAGGAUCUCAAGGCAGCCCUGGAGCGUGGACGGCUAGAGGCGGCGCGGCCACUGCUGGCGUUGGAGCGGGAGCUGCAGGAGGCCGCAGCGGGCGGUGCGGGCGAGGAGGAGCUGGUGUGGCGUCAGAGCAAGGUGGAAGCGCUGUACGUGCUGCUACGCGACCUGGUGCUCGGCGUUCUGAGGCGGCCGCUGGAGGUGGCGCCGGAGCGGCUGCGCCAGGCUCUGGCCGUGGUGGUCGAGCAGGAGCGUGAGGAUCGCCAGGCGGCUGCGGCGGGGCCGGGGACUUCGGCGCUGGCGGCCACGCGCCCGCGGCGCUGGCUGCAGCUGUGGCAGCGCGGCGUGUUGGAGGCCGCUGAGGAGCGCAUGGGCCGGCGGCCGGUCGCGUGCGCCGAGGGCCGCUCGGAGGCUGAGAGCAGCUUUCUGCACAUGGGCCGCACCAUGAAGGAGGACCUGGAGGCGGUAGUGGAGAGGCUCAAGCCGCUGUUCCCCGCCGAAUUCGGCGUGGUGGCCACCUAUGCCCAGAGCUACCACGAGCACUUCGCGGCCCACCUAGCCGCCAUGGCGCAGUUCGAGCUGUGUGAGCGCGACACCUACAUGCUGCUGGUCUGGGUGCAGAAUCUCUACCCAAAUGACAUUAUCAACAGCCCCAAGCUGGCAGGUGAGCUGCAGGGUGUUGGGCUGGGGAACCUCCUGCCCCCGAAGCAAAUCCGGCUGUUGGAGGCCACAUUCCUGUCUAAUGAGGUGGCCAAAGUGAAGGAACUGAUGGACCGUGCCCUGAAGCUGGAGUCACAGCACUGGGCCCAGGAUGUGGCCCCCCAGAGGUUGGAUGGUCACUGCCACAGUGAAUUGGCCAUUGACAUCAUCCAGAUCAUCUCCCAGGCCCAGGCCAAGGCCGAGAGCAUCACCCCUGACUUGGGCAUGCAGAUAAAGCAAGUGCUGCUGGCGGAACUAUCUGCAUUCCUUAGGAGCUACCAGCGCACCUUUGAUGAAUUUCUGGAGAGAUGCAAACAGCUGAGCAAUUACAGGGCCAAUGUCAUUGCCAACAUCAACAACUGCCUGUCCUUCCGGACAUCCAUGGAACAGAAGUGGCAGGUCGCACAGGACAGCCUGAGACCCCUGAAUGAGCUCAAGAACCAUGGCUUUGACUCCCUGCUCCAGAACAUGCUCAUGGACCUGAAGCCACUGUUCAAGAAAUUCACACAGACCCGCUGGACAACCCCUGCACAGACCAUGGAGGAAAUCAUUGCCACCGUGGGCGGGAGGCUAUCUGAGUUCUCAGAACUGCAAGACUGUUUCCGGAAGGAGCUCAUGGAGGUCAUACACCUGCACCUGGUGAAGGAGUACAUCAUCCGCCUCAGCAAGCGGCGCCUGGUUCUCAAGACGGCUGAGCAGCAGCAGCAACUGGCAAAGCAUAUCCUGGCCAACGCCGAGGUCAUCCAGAAUUUCUGCACCCAAAACGGCUCCCCUGCAACCUGGCUGCAACCGGCCCUCCCCACGCUUGCUGAGAUCAUUCGCCUGCAGGAUCCCAGUGCUAUCAAGAUCGAGGUAGCCACUUAUGCCACCUGCUACCCCGACUUCAGCAAAGGUCACCUGAGUGCCAUCCUAUCCAUCAAGGGGAACCUAUCCACCAGCGAUGUAAAGAGCAUCCGGAGCAUCCUCGAUGUCAACACAGAAGUGCAAGAGCCCUCCAGGUCCCUAUUUUCCCUUAUAAAGGUUGCUUAGCAUUUCUUGUGGUACGAUUUGCUUGGGAGCACCCAGAAAGCAUUGGGUACUAUCCCACAUGCAGCAAUAACCCUGCCAGGGGACUGUUCAGACCAGCCCUGACUCAGGGCCCCUCCUGUGCCUUUGAAUUCUGCUGCUGCUUCUGCCUAUCCCUGCCAACGUAUAGGCCCCUGGGCAGCUCAACUAGGUUAGCCCCUGCUUUGCUUCUCUGUCUGGUGGGGGCAGAAGCACUCACUGUGAGAAGCCAACUGUUUGGCUAAGGAAAUACCUAAGAAACUCUCUGUAAAUUGUAGUCGAUCGUGUGUGCACACAGGAGGGAGCCAGGACAGAGAAUGUCACCCAGGCAGGGGUCUUGGAAAACCUUGUGUCCAGGGGACCUUUCUACACUGUGCCUCCUGGGUGGUUCUGAGCCCCUUUUCUAAUCCCCAAGAGCCAAGGAAGAGGGGCAGCCAUCCUGCCUCCUUCAGCUGGGACCACAAAAAGCUGGGUUUCGCAAAUCUGGAAUUCAAGACAGAACUGAAGGGGAAAAAAAGGAAAAGAACUCUGAGGCCUGGAAAGGGACUUCUGGGGUCAUGUGGUAUGUUGGGAGCAGAGCCAGCAUCAGAGACUUCCAGAUCGCCCACCUGCUGCCUGCCCUGGGACCUCAGACCUUGACCCCUCUCUACAAUCUAAAGGGUUUUACCCCCAAAGGUGGUUCCAGUGGGAGCCUUGGUGUUCACCAUAGUGGGGCCCAGGACGUCCUGGGUCUUCUUGGGUUUACCCUACUCUUAUUUAGGGACAGGGCCCAGGGUGUCUUCCAUGGACCCUGCCACCUGAGUAUCUGGCUGAGGUCUUGGCAGGGGCAGGGCAAGCUUGACCUCUGACUCCUUGGCCUCUGUAAUGGUUGCUUCUUUGACACAUUUUCACAGACUUAGUAGAUUUCAACAGAAACGUAUCCCAAAGUUGCUUCCUAUUGCUUCUGUGACACAUUUUCACAGACUUACUGGAUUAUAACAGAAGGGUAUCCCACAGUUCUGUAGGUCAGAAGUCCAACAUGGGGCUAAAAUUAAGGUAUCUGAAGAGCCUUUGGAAGAAUUCAUUACCUGGCCUUUACAUUUCCAGAGGCUGCUUAUAUUUCUUGACUCAAGGUCCCUUCAUCUUCAGAGCCAGCAGGGAAUAGUUGAAACCUUUUCCUGUCACAUCCAGGAGACCUCCUUUCCUCCCUCUGCCACUUUUAAGGACCCUUGUGAUUAAGCUUACCUAGAUAAUCCAAGGUCAUCUCCCUGCUUUAAGGUCAGUGGAUUAGCAACCUUAAUUCCAUCUGCAAUCUGACUUCCCAUUUGCCAUGUAACCAACAUAGCCACAGACUGGGGACUGGCAUGUGGAAGGAAGCCUUAGGGAGGUUGUUCUGUCCAGCAUGGGCUCUGCCCAUCUCCUGUCCUGCAGGGUACUUUAUUCUACCCUAGGAAAACAGGAGUUCAGUUUUCCUGCUCAGCUUCUGCCAUCCCACAGGCCCUUUUGGCACAGAAGGGGCAGUUCAGACUCAGGCAUGACCCAGUCUCAAUUAUGCCUUGACCUCUUGGGUUGUCCCCUUUUCCCAGGUACUGCCUUAUGGAACUGUGGCCAGGAAUUGGCUGUUGUAAAUAUGCACAAGGUUUCUGUACAUUUGUAGUAAUUAGCAUGUUUGAUGUUAAUAUUAAUAUUAUUGUUUUUGAUAGUACUGCUUUUGUAUGUGUAUAUUCAGAACAAGAUCCAAGUUUUUAUAGUUUGAUAUAAAGCUGACUUCAAAAGUG